AGAGGAAUAAACACAGAAACGGGCAAUCUUCGCAUGUUACAUGUCCCCUCCAUCAAGUUUCAACCUUCAUGGAUACGCUUUCAAUUAAUUAAAUUUUAAUUUAUUGUAAACUUUUGCAGUUUUUAAUAGACCAAAAAAAAUUAAAAACCCAAAAGAACCCAUCUUUUUUUUUUCUGUUAAUUAUUUAUUAAAAAAUUAAUUUUUUUUUUUGUAGGUUUGUAUAUAUCUCUUUUGGAGGAAUGCUUGUCACCUACUCUUUUUUUAGCUUCCUUCCACUAUCCUCUUUCCAAGAAAGAAGGGAGAGCUCUGAAUUUCUCCGUUUUUUUCUGUGUUUUGAUUCAUUAAAAUUUAUGGUUUUUGAGUAAACUGCAAUGGAGAAGCAUGAGUGUAAGAUUUGCAUGAGGAGUUUCCCCAAUGGCAGAGCCUUGGGGGGUCAUAUGAGGUCUCACGUGAGGAACCAUCCUAUUCCUCCGAAACCAGGAGAAGAAGAAUCGAAUCGAGAACAAACCCAGUUCACCAUGGAUGAGGUAGACAAUUCAGCUUCAGCUUCGUCUUCGUCAGAGGAUGAUGGCGAAGAAGAAGACGAUGAUAUGAUUUAUGGCCUUAGAGAGAAUCCAAAGAGAAGCAUAAAGCUAGUGGAUCCUGAGGAUUCUUUUGCCGCGCAUGCUGGGUCUGUUGUUCUUCAAGAUAGAGAGAGUGAGACAGAGUCGUCAAAGAACCCAACUCGGAGACGAUCCAAAAGAACACGAAAAUCCUCUGUGAUGGAGCUUCAUCAUCAUCACAAUCAUAUUCAGUACCACCAUCAUCAAAAGCUCGAAGCUUUGAAGAAAAUUAAGCUCAAGAACAAAGUGGUCAGCAGCAAGGAUUCUUUCGAGCCUGAACCGGUUAGUUCAAUUUCUGAUGCCACUAGAGAGGAAGACGUCGCCUUCUGCCUCAUGAUGCUAUCUAGAGACAAAUGGAGAAAACAAGACCACAACCACCAACAUGAGCAAGAACAGGAACAAGAACAAGCCGAUGAAGCAGAAAGAUCAAUGGAGGACACGGAAGAUUCUGAGGAGCAUCUGAUCAAGUUCCCCAGAAUUAGAACUGCUCGAAGGAAAUACAAAUGUGAAACGUGCAACAAAGUUUUUAAAUCUUAUCAGGCUCUAGGUGGUCACAGAGCAAGCCAUAAGAAGAUUAAGGCUUCGAAUCUGAACCCCAUUUACGAGCCCGAAUUGGAGCAAGAAAAUCUCAAUGCAGCAGGAAAUUCUUCCUCUGUGGCUGAAAGAAAAAUUCAUGAAUGCCCAGUUUGUUUUAGAGUUUUUUCAUCUGGUCAAGCGCUUGGAGGGCACAAAAGAUCUCAUGUGAUGACUGGUUCUGCAGCAGCAGCAGCAAGCAAUAGCAGUCCUCCAUUUCCAUGGAAGAGUUUAAGUAGGCUUGGUGAUAGUUUGAUAGAUCUUAAUCUGCCUGCUCCUGUUGACGAUGAUGAAAUCAGUCAAAUCGAGCUCUCUGCAGUUUCUGAUGCAGAGUUUGUGAACCACGUUAGAAGAUGAAGUUAUAAAUUGCCAUUGAAAUUUUUAUUUCUCUUCACACACAGAUCAAUGACAUAGCUUUGAAUCAAAGGUAACCACAAAAAUACAACAGUUUUUUUUUUUUUUUU